CGUUUUCAUUCUUGGCCCUCACUCAUUAGGUGCGACUACCACUCAAUUGCGCAACAUCCACUUCGAAAAUUACAUGUGUUUGUCAUUUGAUUAAUCUUCAGACAAUUCUCCAAGAAUAUUCAAGACCGUACGCAAACGGGUAUGGUGGUGUUAGGAACGUUGUAGCAUAGGACAGUUCUUCGAGAACUCCGCACAAAUACCUACCUACUACGUCAAUUACCUACGUCAAUUAUUCGCAUAACAAUAAGCACUCACCGACAAAUCAGAGAAGGAGGAAAACAACUGCAAAAUGGUUUCCUAUUCAACUGUUGGCGGUCCAAAUGGGAGCGGCGCAGAAUCUAGCCGUGGUUCAAGGUAGGCAAAUUGGUCAGGAAAGAAAGAUGGUAUGAGGACAUAACUGAUGCUCGCGUGCAGGAGGAAAUCAAGUCGAACAAUUAAAGAACAGAAUUUGCCCCAUGGGCAAGCAUCUUGGAUUAGUAGCAAUGUCAACCUUGUCAAUACUAGUACGUUUUACCUCAAGCUUUCUAUGGAAUCAUGUUGAUGAUGAACCUUUUAGUCGUCGGUGCCGGUACACUUGCUAUGCCUUUAGCAAUGUCACAUAUGGGAAUACUACUCGGGACAUUUGUUAUAGUAUGGUCGGGUACGAUGGCGGCUUUUGGCUUAUAUCUACAAUCUCAAUGCGCUCGAUACCUUGACAGAGGGACGUCAUCUUUCUUCGCUUUAUCGCAGAUUACAUACCCCAAUGCAGCGGUUCUUUUCGAUGCGGCUAUUGCUAUUAAGUGUUUCGGUGUGGGCGUUAGUUAUUUGAUCAUUAUCGGUGAUCUAAUGCCUGGAGUUGCUACUGGUUUUAGCCAGGGAGCAGAGUCCAUCCCAAUUCUUAUGGAUCGGAAAUUUUGGGUGACGAUAUUUAUGUGGGUUUGGUCCCAUUCGUUUUAUAUGAUUUUACUGAUUAAUAUCUAGGUUUGUUGUUAUUCCACUCUCAUACUUAAGACGUCUUGACUCCUUGAAGUAUACCAGUAUCGUGGCUUUGGUCUCUAUUGGGUAUCUUGUAAUACUUGUGGUAUAUCAUUUUGUUAAAGGAGAUACCAUGGCAGACAGAGGUCCAAUUAGAGUGGUUGAGUGGGGAGGAAUAGUCCCAACUUUGCAGAGUUUCCCUGUCAUUGUCUUUGCUUAUACUUGUCAUCAAAAUGUGAGUAGUAAUCACCCAAAAUCCUCAUUGAUAUACUAAACAAUUACAGAUGUUCUCUAUUCUCAAUGAGAUCAAAGAUAACUCGCACAGGCGAACAACAGGUGUCAUUGCCGCCAGUAUUGGAAGUGCUGCUUCGAUAUAUGUUUUAGUUGCUAUCACUGGUUAUCUAUCUUUUGGUAAUGCUGUGAAGGGAAACAUUGUUGGAAUGUGUAAGGACUUAACACUCAAAAUUUACUUUCAUGAAACUAACAAGUAUAGAUAUACCAUCCACUGCUUCAACAAUCGCUAAAGCAGCAAUUGUCAUUCUUGUCAUGUUCUCCUACCCACUCCAAGUACACCCUUGCAGAGCAUCAGUCGAUGCAGUCUUGAAGUGGCGUCCAAACUCCUGGAAGAAACACCAUUCACCAACUGGAUCACCUACACGAUCAGCUCCUUUACUUUCCGGUGGCCAUGUUCGACCUGUCGCAAAAAACGAUACUAUUGGUGAAACACGCUUCGCAAUUAUUACCACAUCUAUCAUUGCUCUUAGCUAUUUUACAGCAGUUACAGUAUCAUCGCUAGAUAAAGUCCUUGCAUAUGUUGGAAGUACAGGUAGUACGAGCAUUAGUUUCAUUUUACCAGGUCUGUUUUACUACAAGAUCUCUUCGCCAGAUUCGAUUCAUCAUCAACGAUUAACAAAGGAGGAUGACGAAGCAGAAUCUGAUGAUGAUGUUGAGGAAGGUCAAGGUUUACUUGGCCAAUCUAUCAAAAAGAUUGUCCCUUGGAGGAAAACCAUUCUACGAAAACUUUCUCUAGCAUUGGCCAUUUAUGGUCUUUGCGUAUUGGUCAUUUGUCUAACGAUCAACUUAUUUUUCACAGCUCAGGGGCACUGAAAUUGAACAAUUGGGUUUACCUCUGAAGUUAUACUGUAUUUGAAAUCACAAAUUGGCAAGGCGCGCCAGGCGUUUAUAUGGCAUUCUGAAUGGCAUGGGUAUAAAAGUUGAACAAGAUGAUGUUUAGUCACUCAUUAGUGCCAUAAAUUUUGGGACCUUGUUUUGGAUGUAAGUAGGGUUUGGAUAUGAGGAUUAUAUAUAACGGCUUUUCUUCACAAUUGAGGAUGUCAAUU